UAUAGUAUGUCAGCUACUGUCUGUGACGAUUUAGGAGUUCAGGAGCUGCGUUAGUGCAUGGUUACUGGCAUCCCAGUGAUGUAAAAGCAACAACUUGCCGUUGCUGGUGUUUGCCCUUUAGAAGUGAGUACGGUGUUCAAGUUUGCCCAAAUAAAUUUGCUUCUCUGCAGGCAACAUGGUGGAGUGGUGCUUACCCCAAGAUAUUGAUUUGGAAGGCGUGGAAUUCAAAUCCAUGGCAAGUGGGUCCCACAAAAUCCAGUCAGAUUUCAUUUAUUUCCGGAAAGGGCUCUGUUUUGGCCUGGCCUGCUUUGCCAACAUGCCUGUGGAGAGUGAGUUAGAGCGUGGUGCCCGCAUGAAGUCCGUGGGGAUUCUCUCCCCUUCCUACACCCUGCUGUAUAGGUACAUGCACUUCCUGGAGAACCAGGUCAGACACCAGCUGGAGAUGCCAGGGCACUACUCCCAUCUAGAGGCGUUCUAUGACGACAAGAAAGGAGUUCUCCCUGAUAGCAAGGGCACCCCCACCUCUCAGCAACCUGUCCACUGGCUGCCAUCCAUCCACAGAUACAUGUACCCAGAGAUGAAGAUCACACACCCUGCUGGCUGUAUGUCUCAGUUCAUCAAAUUCUUUGGUGAGCAGAUCCUUGUCCUCUGGAAGUUUGCCCUGCUGCGCAAGCGCAUAUUGAUAUUUUCACCGCCCCCAGUUGGAGUUGUCUGCUAUAGAGUGUAUUGCUGCUGUUGCCUUGCCAAUGUUUCUCUGCCUGGUCUUGGAGGAACUGUCCCAGAGUCCAAGCCAUUCUUCUAUGUGAAUGUGGCAGACAUAGAAAUGCUGGAGACAGAAGUAUCAUAUGUGGCCUGUACAACAGAAAAGAUCUUUGAGGAGAAACGGGAUCUCUAUGAUGUCUAUGUGGACAACCAGAAUGUGAAGACACAUCACGAGCAUCUGCAACCACUCCUGAAAAUUAACAAUGCUGACAAGGAGAAGUACCGACGGCUCAAUGACCAGAGGCAGAUGUUAAUGUAUUCUCAAGAAGUGGGUGAAGAUUGCAGCUCCUGUGAAGAGGACCUUUUCAUCUUGUUUUUCAUGGAGCAGAACAACCGCAUAUUUCAGACGCUGAUGGAGGUGUCGGCCAGCCAGGACAAGACACUGACAGCUGACCACGCACGAGGCAUGGGCCUGGAUCCCCAAGGGGAUCGAAGUUUCCUUAUGGACCUGCUGGAAGUGUAUGGCAUUGAUGUUAUGCUAGUCAUUGACAACCCCUGCUGCACUUAA